AUGGGUAAGAGAAAGGAAGAAAGUAUUUCAAAGCCUAGGUCCCAUAAAAAGCAAAGACAAGAAUACACAGAUGAACAUAGUGAUGAGUCUAAUGAAGAAGAGGAGUCACAGACAUCAGCUGAUAGUGGGGAAGUUGGGAUAAUUGAAAGUAUCCAGCUGAAGAACUUUAUGUGCCAUUCAAUGUUGGGGCCUUUUCAGUUUGGACCAAAUCUCAAUUUUAUUGUUGGAAACAAUGGAAGUGGAAAAAGUUCAGUGUUAACUGCUCUUAUUGUUGGACUUGGUGGAAAAGCCACUGCAACUAAUAGAGGUUCCUCAUUAAAAAUGUUUGUACAAGAUGGAGAGCCUUCUGCAGACAUUUCCAUUACCUUGCGAAACCAAGGCAGAGAUGCGUUUAAACCAGAAGUGUAUGGUAGCUCUAUUAUUGUGAAUCAGCACAUUAAUCUGGAUGGAAGCAGAAGUUAUAAACUGAAAAGCAAAUCUGGGACCUUAAUUUCCUCAAAGAAAGAGGAACUCAUAGGAAUACUGGAUCACUUUAAUAUACAGGUAGAUAAUCCUGUGUCUGUUUUAACCCAAGAGAUGAGUAAGCACUUUUUACAGUCUAAAAAUGAAGGUGACAAGUACAAAUUUUUUAUGAAGGCAACUCAGCUGGAACAAAUGAAAGAAGAUUAUACAUCUAUUAUAAAAACUAAAGAAAAUACACGUAUACAAAUAGAACAAGGAGUAGAGCGUCUUCAAGAACUUCAGCAGCUGUAUUGUGAGAAGAAGGAGCGUUACAAAAGCAUUGCGUUCGUGAAUGACAUGAGAAAUCGUCUGGAAGAUUUGAAACAUAAAAUGGCAUGGGCAGUGGUAGGUGAGAUGGAAAAAGAAAUGCAGCCAAUCAAAGAAGGUAUCAGAACUGAAGAAGAAAAUGCAGAGAAAUCUGUUCAGAAGGUAGAAGAAUGCCAGGUAAAAGUGUAUGAGGCAGAAGGAAAAUACAAAGCAAUUCAAGAGAAAUUAAUGACAAUAAGUGAAGAAGCACAAGCUCUGCAUCCUCAGUGUAUUUCAUUGAAGGCUGAUGUGCAGACAAGAAGAAAAGCAGUCAAUGAAGCUGAGGUAGUUUAUAAUCGUUUCAAAACUGAGUUAAAACGCUUAGGAAAAGAUGAUGAACAGCUACGUAAACGGAUUGAAGAACUGAAAAGCAGUGCUAAUCAGGCUUCAGAGCCUGAAAAAUUGGAAAGACAGAGGAAAAUUACAUGCUUAAGGGAACAGUUAAAGGCAUUCCAUGAUGAAGAAAUAAUGAUUGGUCAACAGAUAGAUCAGUUUCAGCAGAGUAUAUAUAAAUGUAAAGAAGAACAUGCGAGACUUAAGAGAGAAGACUGUGAUGUAAAACAAGCCCUGGAUGCCAAGCACAAACAACUGAGAGAGAUGAAGGAAAGUAAAACGAAUACCUUGAAAAGAUUUGGCCCACAUGUACCAGCAUUUCUUGAAGCAGUGGAAACAGCCUAUAAGCAAGGGCAUUUUAAACACAAACCUCUUGGACCUUUAGGUGCUUUCAUUCAUCCAAAAGAUGCUGAACUGACUUUGGCUGUUGAAUCUUGUUUAAAGAGCCUAGUUCAGGCAUUUUGCUGUGAUAAUCAUAGUGAUGAAAGGACUCUACAGCAGCUGAUGUCAAAACAUUACCCACGUGGAAUUAGACCUCAAAUAAUUGUAAAUAAAUUUCAGAAUAAGGUUUAUGAUGUUAGACACAGAGCAGUUUAUCAUCCAGAAUUCCCAUCGGUUCUCACAGCACUGGAAAUAGAUCAUCCAAUGGUUGCCAAUUGUCUGAUUGAUGUGAGGAGUAUAGAAACAAUCCUGCUGAUCAAAAGUAGCCGUAAAGCUCGUGAAGUAAUGCAGUGCAAUCAGCCCCCCAAAAACUGUAAAGAAGCAUUCACUGCUGACGGUGAUCAAGUCUUUGAAAGACGGUAUUAUUCUUCUAAUUACCUCAGACCCAAGUUUCUAAGCCAAGAUCUUGAAGCAGAAAUAAGUCACUUGGAGAAAGAAAUUGAAAGCAAAAGGGCACAGCUGGCAGCAUCUCAACAACGUGUUGACUCCAUUGAAAAUGAUAUUAGGCAGAAUGAAGGUCAUCUUCAGAGUCAUCAGCGACGACAAAAAGCACUACAGAUAAAAAUAAGAACAACAAAUGCAGAAAUAGUAGAUCUUGAAAAUAUGGAAGAACACCAUUCAGUGGACAUCCGUAUACUGGAAGAUGAAGCUCAAGAAAAUAAAGUUAAGAUGGAAUCUGUACAAAAUGACAUGCAACAACAAAGCAGAAAAAUGGAAGAACUGAAAAAUAUUCUCCACAUAGCUGAAAAUAAGUUGGAAGAAAUGAAAGAAAAAAUCCAUCAAGUAGAAGAAAUUGCUGGUCCAAUUAAGGAUGAAUUAAAUCAAGCUGAUUCAGAAGUGGAAAACAGUAAACAUUGUUUGCAGCAGUAUCAAAGCAAACAAAAAGAACACUUAGCUCGUGUAAAAAGACAGAAAGAAUUACUAGCUGCCAGAGAAAAAGAGUUAGAGGGAAAAAUGGCACAAGCUAGGCAAAUCUACCCGGAGCGCAUAGAGGUCAGCAGGACUGUUAAGAGUCUUGAUGCAGAAAUGAAUCGCUUGAGGGAGAGGAUACAUUCUGAAAGUGAUCGCCAUGGAAACAGAGAAGAAAUAAUACAGCAAUUUCAUGAUGCAAAGGAAAGGUAUAAGGAUGCAAGCAGUAAAGUAAAGCAUUUAAAGAGAUUUAUUAGGCUGCUGGACGAAAUAAUGUCACAGAGAUUCAAAAUAUAUAAGCAGUUUUUAAGGCUCCUUUCUUUACGAUGCAAAAUCUACUUUGAGCAUUUAUUACGUACUCGAGCUUGCUCUGGACAAAUACUUUUUGAUCACAAGAAUGAGACACUUUCAAUAACUGUUCAGCCUCGAGAGGAAGAUAAAGCUGUCCUUAAUGAUGUGAGAUCCUUAUCAGGAGGUGAACGUUCCUUCUCGACAGUUUGUUUCAUUCUUUCUCUGUGGUCUGUUACUGAAUCUCCUUUCAGAUGUUUGGAUGAAUUUGAUGUCUACAUGGACAUGGUUAACAGAAGAAUUGCAAUGGAUAUGAUUCUAAAGGUGGCUGACACUCAGCAGCAUCGACAGUUCAUUUUGCUUACCCCACAGAGCAUGAGUUCCCUGCCUUCAACUUCCCGUAUUCGAAUCCUCCGAAUGCAAGACCCUGAAAGAGGCCAAAAAACACUGAAUUUCCGACAUAACAAUGACCAAGAGGAAGAUGACUAA